AUGCCACGGAGGAGAGAACAUCAUGAAAGUCAUUCCACCACUUCCCAACAAACUUCCAUUGUAACUUACAACCAACCUCAAUUGUUCACGGAAGAACAGGAUGUCUAUUCGCCCGCACCAAUAAAAGGUUUUGUCUAUGUUUCCACUGCUCCCUUACAAUCAGGUUCAUUUCAUGAUUUUAGAGAAAGACACGAAAUUCGAAAAUCCCUGAAACGCACAAACACAAGUCAAUACUUCUCCAAUGAAGAUAUCACCAAACUCAACGAGUCUUGGAUUCAAACUGAACAAGGUCUGAGUGUCCUCACGGGACAGAUCCAGGAGGAUGUAUGGAAUAAUACCAAGGAAUCAUUAGCCGAGUUCUGUAGGACAUUGGGACAGACCUAUGGAGAUCUCUCAGACGGGCUAGAUAAUGUGAGGAUGGAAAUGAUUCAAAAUGGACAAAGUUGUCACAGAGGUCUUGGAGCGUUAGAUAGUUUCAUAGAUGAGGUACAAGAGAGAGAAGGGGUUUCGGAAGAAUUGAAAGGGAUGAACGUGGAUGGUCUUAUAAAUCUCGGUUGGAUGGAUAGAAGGGAUGAGAGAUGGGAGGAAAUGUUUGGGGUUUUUGAACACGAGAGAUCUGAGAAAUAUGAGAAAGAUGAGAAAGACUACCUCUACGAAUCUCGCACCGAGGUCAUGACCGGAUCACAAAAGGCUCAUAUUAACUCAGCUUAG